GCGAGCAGCACAGCAUAGCACAUCAGAAUCAGAAUCAGAAUCAGCAUCAGCAGAUAUAUACCUCAGCGCAGUUGGCUGACAAGUCCAAGGUGCAAGAGUAUGACGAAUACUCGAAUGGCUUGGUAAGAGGACUGUCCACGACUGCCGCCGUACAGGAAUCUGGUAGCAGUUUUCUGCCUCACUCACAGGGGAAUGUGGAAUGGAUAUCAGCCAUGAAUGAUGCUCAAAAUAAUGCAG